AUGUCUUCCUCUGUCAAGAAGUACGAUGUAUUCAUUAGCUUCAGGGGUGAGGAUACCCGAACCAAUUUCACUAGCCAUCUUCAUAGUACUCUCUGCCACAACAAAAUUGAAACAUACAUUGAUUAUAAUCUUAAAAAGGGAGAUGAAGUUGGGCCUGCACUUGCCGAAGCAAUCAAGGACUCGCAUAUCUCUCUCAUAGUUUUCUCAAUAAACUAUGCUUCCUCAAAGUGGUGCUUGGAUGAACUCCUCAAAAUACUCGAGUGCAGAAAACAUCAUGGACAGGUAGUUAUACCUGUGUUCUAUGGAACAGAUCCAUCAGAUGUACGCCACCAGACCGGGAGUUACGAGAAAGCAUUCGCAAAACAUGAGAGAAAUCUCAGGAACAAUGAAUCCUACCACGACAAAGUGUCUGAGUGGAAAGCUGCUCUCACUAUAGCAGCUAAUAUAUCUGGAUGGGACUCUCGUACCCAUAGGGAUGAUUCUCAAGUCAUCCAAAACAUUGUCAAUGAUGUUUGGCAAAAGCUGUACCUGAUGUACCCUAAUGAACUGAAAGGCCUUGUUGAAAUUGAUGAAAAUAGUAACUCCAUUGAAUCCCUACUCAAAAAAGUUCCAAGAAUUGGAAUUUGGGGCAUGGGUGGAAUAGGAAAGACUACCAUAGCUAGAGACAUGUUUGCCAAACACUUUCCACAAUAUGACAGUGUGUGCUUCCUGGCAAAUAUAAGAGAAGAAUCAGAAAAGUUGGGACUAUCAUAUACACGUGAUAAGCUUCUCUUUGAGCUACUAAAGGAACCAAUUACCACAUCACAUGUUACUGGAUCCACAUUCAUUAGGAGGCGGCUCAGUGGUAAAAAAGUUUUCGUUGUACUUGAUGAUGUGGAUAGUUCUGCACAAUUAGAAUAUUUGUGUGAAGAAUUAGAUGACCUUGGAGCAUAUAGUAGACUCAUUAUAACAACAAGAGAUAAGCAUGUUCUUAGUAGAAGAGUUGAUGAGAUAUUUGAGGUCACAAAAUGGAAGUAUCCAGAAUCUUUGAAGCUUUUUAGCUUAGGAGCCUUCGAGCAAAGCCAUCCUAAAGAUGGUUAUGAGCAUCUUUCAGAAAGGGCAGUUGUGUAUGCAGGAGGCGUUCCCUUAGCUUUAAGAGUAUUGGGCUUACAUUUUCAUUCCAGAGAUGUUGAAUUUUGGAAAUGUGAAUUGAAUAAAUUUGAGAGCAAGAAGGAAUCCUUUAAGGAAAUUCAAAACGUGUUACAAGUGAGCUAUAAUGGAUUAUCAGAGCUAAACCAGGCAAUAUUUCUGGACAUUGCAUUCUUUUUCAAAGAUGAAAAUAAAGAUGAUGUCAUAAGGAUACUUGAUGCGUGUGGUUUCUUUGCUACUAGUGGAAUAAGAGUCCUUGAAGAUAAAGCCCUUAUAACUAUUUCAAAGAGCAAUAGAAUACAAAUGCAUGACUUGCUACAAGAAAUGGGUUUGGGUAUAGUUCGGAAAGAAUUCAGCAAAGACCCAGGAAGACGUAGCCGAUUAAGGGAUAUUGAAGAAGUUUGUGAUGUACUUAAAAAUAACAAGGGGACUGGUGCGGUUGAAGGCAUAACAUUAGAUUUGUCUCAAAGAGUAGAUUUACACUUGACAGCUGACACAUUCAACUUGAUGAUUAGUUUAAGAUUUCUUAAAUUAUAUGUUCCUUUGGGUAAGAAGAGUUCAAGUACUGUGUACCAUCCUACAGAUCUUAUGCCAUUUUCUGAUAAAUUGAGAUACCUUGAGUGGAAUGGAUACCCUUUGAAGUCUCUUCCACCACCCUUUUGUGCUAAACUGCUUGUUGAGAUUCGCUUGCCGCAUAGCAAUGUUAAAUAUCUUUGGCACAACUCGCAGGAACUUGUGAAUUUAGAGGGAAUGGAUCUAAGUGAAUGCAAACAGUUGAUGGAGCUCCCAGAUUUGUCUGGCGCGUCAAAACUCAAAUGGCUUUAUCUCUCCGGUUGUGAAAGUUUAUGCCAUGUUCACCAAUCUGUCUUUUCUAACGACACACUUGUUACUCUGCUACUGGAUAGGUGCAAAAACCUGAAUAGUCUUAUGAGUAAGAGGCAUUUGAGAUCUCUACAUAAGAUCAGUGUCAAUGGCUGCUCAAGUCUAAAGGAAUUUUCAUUGUCCUCGGAUUCAAUUGAAAGUUUGAAUUUAAGCAACACAGGAAUCGAAAUAUUGCACUCAUCAAUUGGUCAUCUAAGAAAGCUUGUGUGGCUCAAUCUAGAAGGUUUAAGACUUAAGAAUCUUCCAAAUGAGUUGUCUGGCCUUACAUUUCUUACUGAGUUUUGGAUUUCAAACUGCAAUAUAGUAACUAAACACAAGUUACAUGUGCUAUUCGAUGGCCUGCGAUCUUUACAAAUACUAUAUUUGAAAGAUUGUCAUAACUUGUCUGAACUCCCAGACAACAUCAGUGGCUUAUUUUCAUUAUACGAAUUAAGACUAGAUGGAAGCAGUGUGGAGAGGUUGCCUGCAAGCAUUGCAGAUCUCUCAAGCCUAGAAAUUCUGUCCUUAGAGAAUUGCAAGAAGCUUCGGUUUCUGCCAGAGCCUCCUAAAAACAUAAAGGAGUUUUAUGGAGAUAACUGCACUUCAUUGGUGACAGUAUCAACUUUAAAGACCUUUUCAGAAACAAUGAAUGGAAAGGAGAAAUACAUUUCUUUCAAGAAUGUUGAGAAAUUGGAUAAGCCUUCACUCGACUGCAUUAUGGAAGGUGCACUAUUAACAAUGAAGAGUGCUGCAUUUCACAAUAUAUUAGUAAGAAAAUACAGUUUGGAAGCCCACAGCUAUAAUUACAACAGUGCUGAGGUUUGUUUACCAGGAAGCAUAGUCACAGGGCAGUUCAAAUACCGAACAACAGAUUCCUCCAGAAGUACUAUUGUACUUCCUGACCUUUCCUAUUUGCUGGGAUUCAUUUUCUUGGUGGUUGUUUCUCCAUCCAAUGGAUUGAAGAAGCAUGGUGAUGGUGCUAAAAUUCAAUGUCAAUGCUACUCGGAAGAUGGCACAAAGGUGGGAUAUGCGUCUACAUGGCAUUAUAAAACUGUUACGGAUUUAAACUCCGAUCAUGCUUAUGUAUGGUAUGAUCCAUUCCAUUCUGACAGCAUUCUCGGCAGCGAUGAAACAAAGGUUUCUUUUGAAUUCAGUGUUACAACUGAUACUGGGGAACCACAUGGGUUGUUCAAUGUAAAAGAAUGUGGGGUCUGCCCAAUAUAUUUCUCAGAAUUUCCAAGUUUUUUACACAUAAUGAAAUUGCCCCAGGCCUUGGAAUGGGAGUUGACAUUGGAGUUGUCGGCGGAGUUAGGACCAGGGUUAUAUGAGGCAAUGCAUCUUCAGUCAGAAUCAAUUCAAAGUCCUGAUGAGAGCAAAAGCAGUGACAUAAGUUUCCAGAUACAGAUACAAGAAUUGGACUCCAAUGAAAAAUGUUGCUGUUCCUAUGAAUCCUUAGUCGGACAUUAUAUGUUGAACACAUUGGAGCAACUUUCUUCUCAAUCAACCUUUGCUUUGAACAGGUCGCUUGAGGUGCUUAUGGAGAUUAAUCUGCAGUCAGAACCAGGAAAAGUUCCUGAUCAUGUUUUUACUUUUGAGUUUAUUGGAGAGCAAGAGUCCAAAGAUACACAGAAUCCAUCAGAAUAA